CUUCUGAAGUGAGAAAUGGACUUUGCGGAAAUUCUGUUUGCUUUGUUCAUCGUUGUGAUUGUGAUUGUUUCUUUGCUGUCGAACUUACUGGUGUUGCUAUGUUUCAUUCACAGCAGCGAAAUACGACGCCAGGUGCCAGGGGUGUUUACCAUGAACUUGUCGUUUUGCAACAUACUAAUUUCUGUCCUAAACAUGCCGUCCACUUUAGUUGGGAUUGUAAAGCACCAGCAGCCUUUUGGGGACUGCCUCUGUCGCACGCUCAGCUUUCUGGAGACCUUUCUGACAGCCAACAGCAUGCUGACCAUGGCAGCACUCAGUAUAGACCGCUGGAUCGCCGUGGUUUUCCCGCUGAGUUACUCCAGUAGAAUGCGCUACAGGGACGCACUGGCCAUGGUGUGUUAUUCGUGGCUCCACUCGUUCACAUUCUCCCUUAUUCCACUGCUUUUCUCCUGGUUUGACUAUAGUCCCAUUUACGAAUCCUGCACGUUGCAUUUGAGCAAGGAGAGCGCACAGAUUAAGUUUACUGUGUUCACCAUUGUCUUUCAUUCCACCAGCUUCAUGCUCUCGCUCGUAAUUUUGUGCGUCACAUACUUAAAGGUUUUAAAAGUUGCACGCUUUCACUGCAAGAGGAUUGACAUUAUAACCAUGCAGACCCUCUUCUUACUGGUAGAAAUUCAUCCAAGUGUUAAGCAGCGCUGUAUUGCUGAACAAAAGAGGAGGAAACAGCGCGCUACUAAGAAGAUUAGCAUUUUCAUCGGCUCUUUCAUCAUCUGUUUCGCCCCUUAUGUCAUCACAAGGUUGACUGAGCUGCUUCCAUUUGUAGAUGUCAAUCGGUACUGGGGUAUUAUCAGCAAGUGUUUAACAUACAGCAAGGCAGCUUCAGAUCCCUUUGCCUACUCCCUCCUGCGGCAGCAAUACAAGAAGGUCUUGGUAACGGUGGCCAAUCGCCUGGUGAAGCGUGAUUUAUACCCUUCUUCUGGACACAGCAGCUCCAUGGACACAGAGAAUGACUACAGUCUUCAGAGGAUCAGCUAAAUGUUGCAAAAACGGGAAAUGCCCAAUGCCUUGAUUUGA